UUCCGCACUAUACGCGUAUAAGAGCAGCAAAAACACCGAUCCGGCAAAGUCAAAAAGAGCAGUGCAUAUGCGGUGUACAAUUUUGGACUUCCUUUCCCGCUUACAAACACACUUUCUCCUAAGCUAGUAUUGCAAUAUAUGCACAGACACCUUUCUUCUUCUUGCAAUCAUUUCUCUAAAACAUGGCCUAUUUACGACCUUUCAAAGCAGAUGAUCUAUUCAAGUUCAACAGUGUCAACUUGGAUCACUGGACGGAAACAUAUACGAUCAAUUACUACUUGAGCUACUUAGCCGUUUGGCCUGAUCUAAGUUAUACACAAUUAACACCAAAUGGAAGAGUGAUGGGAUAUGUAAUCGGAAAAGCAGAAGGAAAAGAUCCAGGUCCAAAAGUAGGAAGAAUGCAAAAAGAACAAAAAGAAAGACAUGGUCAUGUAACUGCAAUCACAGUUGCACCCGAAUAUCGUAGAUUAGGCGUUGCAAAAGGAUUGAUGGGUUUAUUGGAACGGGCAAGUUCGGAUGUCUAUAGGGCUUACUUUGUGGACUUGUUUGUUCGACCUUCUAAUCAGACAGCUAUCGGAAUGUAUGAAGGACUGGGAUAUAGUGUGUAUCGCAAGGUAGAUAAAUACUACAUGGGAGGAGGGCCAAAUGGAACUGACGAAGACGGAUACGAUAUGCGAAAAGCACUGGCAAGAGACACAAAGAAGGAAACUGUACGAGAUGGAGUUGCAGGAAGGAAUACGGUCGUGGAUCCAUCAGCUACCAUAUUUGAGUCAGCACAGAAACCGAGGUGAUCCCUUACUGUGAAAGUAUGUGAAUUAUUCUC